GCCGAGCUGAGGGUGGUCGAGGGGAGAGCUGGGAACUGUCGGCGGAGAACGCUGCGGUCGCUCUCCUGGCCGGAGGCGAGGCAGUCAACUCCGGCUGACUUAAGCUGGCGGGCAAAGGGCAAUCUCUGAGCUCCCGGCGCUCCAGGAGCAGCCUCUUGUAGAAGCACCUGAAAUGCAGGGUCUGGUGCACUAAGCAAUAGCGGCAACACCAGCUCCAGCGACAGCUUUGGGGCCCUGUGUAGGAGCUCCAUCCCCUUGUCUUUGUGUCCGCCUGCGUCCCCAGACCCAGAGGCAGGUUAUCUUGGAAGAUCUAGGACUCCAAAAAUGUUUCCCUUGAAGGAUGCCGAAAUGGGUGCCUUUACCUUCUUUGCCUCUGCUCUGCCACAUGAUGUUUGUGGGAGCAACGGGCUUCCUCUCACACCAAAUUCCAUCAAAAUUUUAGGGCGCUUUCAAAUCCUUAAGACCAUCACGCACCCCAGACUGUGCCAGUAUGUGGAUAUUUCUCGGGGAAAGCAUGAGAGACUGGUGGUGGUGGCUGAACACUGUGAACAGAGUCUAGAAGACUUGCUUCGAGAAGGGAAACCUGUGAGAUAUUCAAAGGUUUUGUGCAUAGCAUUUGAGAUACUUCAGGGCUUGCAGUAUAUGAACAAACAUGGUAUAGUACACCGGGCACUGUCUCCUCAUAAUAUCCUUUUGGAUCAAAAGGGACAUGUUAAAUUGGCUAAAUUUGGACUUUAUCAUAUGACAGCAUAUGGUGAUGAUGUUGAUUUCCCAAUUGGGUAUCCAUCAUACUUGGCACCUGAGGUAAUUGCACAAGGAAUUUUCAAAACCAAUGAUCAUGUGCCAAGUGAGAAACCGUUGCCUUCUGGCCCCAAAUCAGAUGUCUGGUCUCUUGGAAUCAUUUUAUUUGAGCUUUGUGUGGGAAGAAAACUAUUUCAGAGUUUGGAUAUUUCUGAAAGACUAAAAUUUUUGCUUACACUGGACUGCAUAGAUGACACUAUAAUAGUUCUGGCUGAAGAGCAUGGUUGUCUGGACAUUAUAAAGGAGCUUCCUGAAAAUGUGGUAGAUCUUUUGAAGAAGUGCCUCACCUUCCACCCUUCUAAAAGGCCAACCCCAGAUGAAUUAAUGCAGGACAAUGUGUUCAGUGAAGUGUCACCUUUAUACACUCCCUUUACCAAACCUACCAGCCUGUUUUCUUCUUCUCUGAGAUGUGCCGAUUUAACUCUGCCUGAGGAUAUCAGUCAGCUGUGUAAAGAUUUAAGCAGUGAUUACCUGGCAGAAAGAUCUAUUGAAGAAGUGUAUUACCUUUGGUGUUUAGCUGGAGGUGACUUGGAAAAAGAGCUUGUGAACAAGGAAAUAAUUCGAUCCAAACCACCUAUCUGCACACUCCCCAAUUUUCUCUUUGAAGAUGGUGAAAGCUUUGGACAAGGUCGAGAUAGAAGCUCACUAUUAGAUGACACCACUGUGACAUUGUCAUUAUGCCAGCUAAGAAAUAGAUUAAAAGAUGUUGAUGGAGAAGCAUUUUACCCACUACUUGAAGAUGAUCAGUCUAAUUUACCUCAUUCAAACAGCAAUAAUGAGCUGUCUGCAGCUGCCACUCUCCCUUUAAUCAUCCGAGAGAGGGACACAGAGUACCAGCUAAACAGAAUCAUUCUCUUUGACAGGCUGCUAAAGGCUUAUCCAUAUAAAAAAAAUCAAAUCUGGAAAGAAGCAAGAGUCGAUAUUCCUCCUCUUAUGAGAGGUUUCACCUGGGCUGCUCUUCUGGGAGUUGAGGGGGCUAUUCAUGCCAAGUAUGAUGCAAUUGAUAAGGAUACUCCAAUUCCUACAGAUAGACAAAUUGAAGUGGAUAUUCCUCGUUGUCAUCAGUAUGAUGAACUGCUGUCAUCACCAGAAGGUCAUGCAAAAUUUAGGCGUGUAUUAAAAGCCUGGGUUGUGUCUCAUCCUGAUCUUGUAUAUUGGCAAGGUCUUGACUCACUUUGUGCUCCAUUUCUCUAUUUAAAUUUCAAUAAUGAAGCCUUGGCUUAUGCCUGUAUGUCUGCUUUUAUCCCCAAAUACCUGUAUAACUUCUUCUUGAAAGACAACUCGCAUGUAAUACAAGAGUAUCUGACUGUAUUCUCUCAGAUGAUUGCAUUCCAUGAUCCAGAGCUAAGCAAUCAUCUCAAUGAAAUUGGAUUUAUUCCAGAUCUCUAUGCCAUCCCUUGGUUUCUCACCAUGUUUACUCAUGUAUUUCCACUGCACAAAAUUUUCCACCUCUGGGAUACCCUACUGCUUGGGAAUUCCUCCUUCCCAUUCUGUAUCGGAGUAGCAAUUCUUCAGCAGCUGCGUGACCGGCUUUUGUCUAAUGGCUUUAAUGAGUGCAUUCUUCUCUUCUCUGAUUUACCAGAAAUUGACAUUGAACGUUGUGUGCGAGAAUCAAUCAACCUGUUUUGUUGGACUCCUAAAAGUGCUACUUACAGACAGCAUGCUCAACCUCCAAAGCCAACUUCUGAUAGCAGUGGAGUCAGAAGUUCAACACCUUAUUUCUCCACUGAGUGUCCAGAUCCUCCAAAAACAGAUCUGUCAAGAGAAUCCAUUCCAUUAAAUGACCUAAAGUCAGAAGUAUCACCCCGGAUUUCAGCAGAGGACCUGAUUGACUUGUGUGAGCUUACAGUGACAGGCCACUUCAAAACACCCACCAAGAAGACAAAGUCCAGUAAACCAAAGCUCCUGGUAGUUGACAUCCGGAAUAGUGAAGAUUUUAUUCGGGGUCACAUUUCAGGCAGCAUCAACAUUCCAUUCAGCACCGCGUUUACUGCGGAAGGGGAGCUUACCCAAGGACCUUACACUGCCAUGCUCCAGAGCUUCAAAGGGAAGGUCAUUGUCAUCGUGGGGAAUGUGGCAAAGCACACAGCAGAGUUUGCAGCUCAUCUUGUGAAGAUUAAAUAUCCGAGAAUCUGUAUUCUAGAUGGUGGCAUUAAUAAGCUCAAGCCAACAGGCCUCCUCACUGUCCCAUCUCCUCAAAUAUGAAGAACAAGAGUCUGGCUGUCAAAAGGACAGAGUGGCAUCACCCCCGGCAGCACAGCUCUUCACAGCCUUGCCACUCUAAGGCAGAACUAGACUUCCAGAUGGUUACAUUUCCAUUUCAAGUUUUGUCAUGAGACAUUUUUUUUUUAAUCUCAUGACCGAAAUGUUCAGCUAUCCAGGCAACAAACUUGACUGUACAUGUAUUGCUGAAAGAAUUUUCUUAACAAUGAAAUCCAAUCAUGUAUUUUUACCACACCAACGCAAAGCCAGAAGAAUUCAACUGACGAGGCACAUUUAGCAUUAUCAAGAAGUCUCAGUUACACUGAAAAGUCUGUCUUCCAUUGCAUUGAACAGACAGCCCUAACAAAGGUAUUCUUUAGAAGUAUAGACUGAAUGUGAUCUGAAAUCAUCCUUCCGUGAUAAUGAAAACUGAAAAGCUAUUCACAAUACAUUCCUUAUAAGUAAAUGCUAUAUUUGGUAACUCAUUUUGGGCCCAGAUAUGUGUGUGUGUGUGUGUGUGUGUGUGUGUGUGUGUGUGUGUGUGUUUAGAAGGAGCAGAAUUUAACCCUUUGGAGAAAGUAAUAACAGUUUACUUCAAGAAAAAUGAAAGUCAGAAACCAUUCAUAUUAUAUAGAGUAUUUUUCAGCUCCUGUAGCUGAGACACCCAAAAUAAGAGUGACUUAGACAAGCUAGAACUUUAUUUGUCUCUCACAUAAAAGUCUGCAUAGUCAAUCUAGGGCUAGUGUAUUGGUUUCAUUAGCAUUAAGUACUCAGGUGUCUGUUCUCAUUCUUUACCACCCUCAACACUUAGUUUCUAUCUCAUAGAUCAAGAUGGCUGUUAGCUCCCACCAUCAUAUCUACAAUUUAGAAGGAAAGGAAUGAAGGAGGAGGGAGGGAAAAAAAGAGAGAGAGAAGGAAAAAGUAGGGAGGGAGGAAAAAAGAGAAGGAGAGAAGGGAGGGCACACUCCUUCUCUUUAAGGGCACAAACCAGAAGGUGCAUAUAUUCCUUCUGCGUACAUACCACUCACCAGAACUUACACAUGUGGCCACAACUAGCUAUCAAGACAAUCUGGAAUACAGUUUUGGCUGGGCAGCCACUUACCCAGUUAAAAAAUUUUAUUACUGUGUGAGAAGAGGAGAAAACGUUGAGGGACAACUGGCAGCCUCUGUCACAUUAUUCAAAAAAUUAAGCAUUUCACUGAAGCUAAGAUAUAUCACAAUUUUAUGUACCAUGAAGAAAGGAAAAAAAGCAGCCAAAUAAACUGUGACACACCAGCAAUUAUAAGAUUCAUUUCCAUUUCAGAAAUGUGAAAAAAAUAUGCAUCUUAGCAUUAUUAAAAUACAGUACAUCUUUUUUACUAUUUUCAGUUUUGUUUUAACUAAAACAUGUUCUUUCAUCUUUAACUUAUAUUCUUCUUCAAUGUUAGGACUACCUAGGUAGAACAUUUCAAUGACAGCCUCAAUGAAACUUUCUUGACUAUGGUUUUAUUGUUGCUGUUUGUUUUGGGUGUUUUGGGCAUCUAUUUUUUUAUUCAGAUACAAUGAUAUACCUUAAAAUUCACCCUUUUAAAAUGUACAAUUCAUGUUUUUUAGUAGAUUCACAACACUGUGCAAUCAUCACUACUAUCUAAUUUCAGAACAUUUUCAAAACCCAAAAAAGAAAUCCUGUACCUAUUAGCAGUCAUUCCCCAUUGACCCCUCCCAAGGUCUUUAAUUUAAUUUUUGUAUAUGGAGUGAGGUAAGUAUCCGACUUCAUUCUUGCAUGUGGCUAUCAAGUUAUCCCAGCAGCCGUGUUAUUUUGUUUGUUUUGCUCAAUUAAGUUAUAUUCAGUCAUUCACCAAAUACAUUUUGAAUACCUACUACUUACAAGACUCUGACAUAAUCAGUGGUUACAUAAUUCUGUGAUCUUUACAUAAUAUACAAAGUAAAAAUGUGAGAAUUAAUGAGAAAAGAAAAUUUUACCGUGAUUUCUCUAACAUCAUUUUUGGGCCAUUAUCUACCCUGGUUAGGAAAAUAAGUCCUCCUGCCCUUUCCUUCAAUCUUUGAUGACUUAUUUGACUUCAUAAUCAUAGCGCAGCACUGAUGAUCUUUUGGAAGGAAUGGUUCUGAGUCUUAACUUUGCCUUCCUGAGAAAGCAGAGAAAGAUGGAGCAGCAGAGAUUUGAACUGAAUGGGGUGGUAUGUAAUGAGAGAGGGUGAAGACCUGAGUGUUGUGAGGAGAGCUGUGGGAGCAGAUAACAGUAGCCAACCUCCAUCACAAUUUUGCAAUUGGUCUUUCUUAAAACUUGAUACGUUUAGGCUUAUUUUGAGAAAAAUGGAAGCUUUUUUAAACAUUGAAAUUACGAAUAAUAUGUAAUAUUCUCAACAGUAAAAUAAGAAAGAGCAUACAAUCACUGCCAUGUCUACAUGAAGGGCAUGUUAUUCAAUGGCAGAUGAUUUCAACAAAGUUGACCUCAACACCUAUUUGUUGAAUUAAACCUUUGUAGAGGUCCUUUUUAAUAUAUUAUUGACUCCUACACCGUCACUGUCAACACUCUUUGUUUCUGGCAUCAGCAGUCUCUUCCCUCUACCUGGAAUGCCCUUGCUACCACCACCAGCCCCAUAGACACACACACACACACACACACACACAUUUAUAAAUGCUUCAUAAUCCAGCACCAGUAGCAUAUUCUCCAGUCUUCUCUGACUUCCCCGUACUGCAUUAAGAGCCUCAAGUCUAUCAAAGCAUUCCAUUCAUACUUCUAAUAACAGACUUAUUGCAUCAUUUUGCAAUUAUCUGUUCACAUUUGGAACCCCUAUUUUUAAAAUAUGAGCUCCCUUUAAAGUCAGAGUCCAUAAUUUAUACCUCUUGUUAUCUUCAGCAACCCAGUACACUGGAGAUGCUUGAUAAACGUAAAACUGAAUUGAAUCUCUAGCUUAGAUAUUUUAUAUGAAUAGAAAAAACCCAGGUAAUUUUUCAAGUGCCAAACUUAUCUGGUACCUGAUGAUACAUAAAUAAAUGGAAAUCUCAAUUCACGCAGUGAAGAAAGGAUCUCGAAUAUACUACCCAACUCUAAAAUUCUAUAAUCCUAAAAAUUGGAGCAAAUAACUUCCAACAACAGAAUAAGCUAAGCUAGUUGCAUCCCUUUCCCAAAACAUAGAAAUGCUAAAUUUAAAAAGAAUAGUAAAAUAGGUCUAAUAGACAUUCUUUGAUAUCCUUUCUCAUCCCUUUCAGAGGACUCAUUUUUAGUUUGCAUUGUUUGCAGCAUUUCAGUAAUACCAUUCUGGUCUAAUGCUCAUGGUGACCAAUAAGCAAUGCAUGAAUGGGUACCAAGGUACAGUAUUGCCAGCAUUCCUUGAUAUAUAUUAAUCCUCUGUGUGGUGGAGAUGUAAACACUGUCCUGUCUUGGCUUAAGACUAAUCUUGGAGCUAUAGCAAGAGCACUUAAAGCAUUAGAUCAGAUUCUAAAUAUUGCUUCCUGCCAUACUAAAAGAUUCAACUUUUGAAACUAAUACUGUCUUUACAUGUAUCUGUGACUUUAUAAAUUUAUUUUUUAUUAUAAAUUU